AUGUCACCUGACGAGAAAAUGAAAAAGGCACCGCGCAAGCAUGUUACAACUGCCUGUGUGCCAUGUCGAGAGAGCAAGAUCAGGUGCGACGGAGCUACUCCGAAUUGCCAGAAUUGCCAGCGCAAAGGCAAAGAAUGCAAAUACCAACAUGGCGAUGAUAAGCGCAAGGUGUCACUCAGAGCAGCAACCGAGCUGUUCUCAGCCAGAAUUGACCAGCUAUGUCACUUCAUCAAGGAACAGGGGCUAGAGCCCCCGUCAAUGCAGCCAGAGGAUGAAGCGGGCAUGAACAGGGUCUUGGAUACUCUCCAGAUUCCGCGUGGCUUUAAUAAAGCUACAGCAGGCGAGGAGAAGCAGCCAUCGGCUGAGCCAUCGGCUGAGCCCACAGCCCCCGUUGCUUCGGGCCAAUCUCCAUCUCAGAGUCCAGCUGCCAUCAGUCCCAAAGGGCCGGUUCCAGCGACCGACCUGAUUGCAUCGGGGGCCUCUCCGGCCCAGGAUACUGCCUCUAGCGGACAAUUCCCCUCGCCGGAGGGAUGGAACCCAUUUGGAAUGGUUCGGGGGGCGACCGACAAUCAGAACUUUGUUCAUUGGGGCUUCACGUUGCCAACAGCCGAAAGUUUGGACACUAUCUAUGCCAACCUUAAUGGUGGCCCAGGAGGCCCUGGAGCACCUGCCAUGGCCGGCAUGCCUGUGAACACGGAUCUCAGCCCAGACAGCUACCAAUUGGGGUUGGACAUGGCGCAACAACCAGGUGUCUUAAUGAGCGGCCUCCCGCACACGGGAGAGCAUGAUUCAGAUAGUGGGGAAGAAGACGAGGCAGAAAACGACGUGAUUGAGCAAUUGUCUCACCGAAUUGGCACUUUGAAGAUUGCGGGUGAUGGUCAUUUGCGAUUCUAUGGCGCAACUUCCAAUCUGAACUUGGUUGAUGUCUCCGCCACGCAGCAACGGCAGCGACCUGAUGCGCGAACGGUGCGACACGAUGGUCAGGAUAUUCUGAACCAUCUUCGUGUUGGGCAGCCGGUUGAUCAGGCUCUCGAGGAUCAUCUCGUGGAGCUUUAUUUCACCUGGCAAAACCCAAGCACAUACAUUGUUGACAAGGACAUGUUCAUGACGGCACGGUCUAAAUGGCGCAAUGAAUUUGACGACACGGCCUUUUACUCAGAAGUUCUCACCAAUGCAAUGUGUGCAAUUGGAAGUGCGUUUGAAGCACGCUAUCAUCCUACUUUCAUAACGUUCCCCAAGUCUCUUGCCGAAUUCUUCGCAGAUCGCGCCAAGGCUCUUCUAGAGAUCGAACUCGACUCCCCUUGCGUGGCUACUGUCCAGGCCCUGGUGAUCAUGAGUUGCCAUGAAGGCGCAUCAAAUCGCGAUGCGCGGGGCUGGCUGUACAGCGGAAUGUCGAUGCGGCUUGCCUUCGAUCUUGGUUUGCAUUUGGAUAUGACGACUUACGUCAACAGAGGCGAUAUCACCCAAGCCGAGGCUGAUGUGCGACGUGCAGCGUUUUGGGGAAGUUAUGUUGCAGACCAUUUCUGGGGCUUUUAUCUGGGGCGUCCUUUCCGAAUGAACGCUGGAGAUGUCAGCGUGCAGAAGCCUGCCUCUUCUCUUGGUCCAGAAAAGGAAGAAAAUUGGCAUCCUUAUGGACAUCAAGCUUCUCAAGCCCUUCUUCAGAACGGAUUGAAGAAUCCCACUGAGCUAAUUUGCAGACAGUUUGUCGUUCUCUGGGAGAUGAUCUCCCCUGUUGGCCAUAUUUUGUAUGGAUGCUCUGAUAUCUCACGGCAUGACUUGCAGAGAAUCACCUACCAAGUGACCGAGGAUCUAUUUGCCUGGAAAGCCAAUCUCCCAUCAAGUCUUCAAAUCAAUUUAGACGACGAUACCAUCCCCAUAUUACCACACUUGAUGAUGUUACACAUGCAAUACCACCAAAUCAUAAUCUUCUUCCACCGCCCAUGGCUCUCUAAAAGCUACAUUCAACCCCGGGCCCCUCGUCAAGGUCCCGGGUAUCAUCACGCGCGGCGCAUGUGUGUCGAAUCAGCCACCGCCGUCGCACGCCUUCUCCACCUCUAUGAAAAACACUACACCUUCCGCCGCAUGAACAACCAAGUGGUAGCAAUCAUCUUCAGCGCCGCCCUCAUGCUUCUAUUCGUCACCGUAUCAAGUUCCCCAAUGAGUCCCGGCAAACAAGGCGACAGCCCAACCUACCCUCGCAGCGCAGAAAUGGUAGCAUACCUCAACCUCUGCUUCCGUGCCCUCGACGAGCUAGGCCAAUCCUUCGAAAAUGCCAAGCGCACCCGCGACUACCUGGUCACCCUACAGCGACGCUGGCAAGCCCACAUGCGCCGCUCAGGCUCAUCAAAACGCCAAAUCAACGGUUCCAACUCGACUUCCAUGUCGCAACAAUCGUCCAUCCAGCACGGGCGUGUAGUCAAUAUACAAGGGACAGACGUCUCUCGAAAGAAGUCUCGGCUAUCUGUGUCUGAGAUGCCACCUCACUUAUCUUCUGCUGGACAGUCUGCACAACCAUCCCAUCUUGCAAACCAGCCUUUGCCGCAAUAUCAGCAACAACAACCUUACCAGCAACCGCCCUUCCCUGUGCCAGACUCGCAGCUGAGUAAUCUUGACUGGAUUCACAAUGCAGAUAUGCGUCUUCUGUCCGAACAGCAAAAUGUCCCUGUAAAUGGAAUGGGGCAAAUUCCGUCUCCGCCAUUCCCCGAGGACUCCAAAAUGCUUGCUGAUUUGGGGGAUGUUGAUUCUUGGUGGGAUUCACCUAACGAUGCCCCGGGUAUGGGGGGAUCUUUGUAA